CACUAUAUCCUCUACCCUCCUUUAGAGAGCUGCUGAAUGUGCACACCAUUCCCUUCUCCUUUCUGUCAGGAUGUUCAUGCAUUUGGAGGUCUGUUACUAUAUCUUCAUUUUGAUGUCUCACAUGACACGAUCCUGCAGCAGCUGGUCAGUGAAUAAUUUCCUGAUGACUGGACCCAAGGCAUACCUGAUCUACUCCAGCAGUGUAGCAGCCGGGGCUCAGAGUGGGAUAGAGGAGUGCAAGUAUCAGUUUGCCUGGGACCGAUGGAACUGCCCUGAGAGAGCGCUGCAGCUGUCUACGCACAGUAGCCUUCGCAGCGCUAACAGGGAGACAGCAUUUGUCCACGCCAUCAGUUCAGCAGGAGUCAUGUACACUCUGACGAGGAACUGUAGCCUGGGGGACUUUGACAACUGUGGUUGUGAUGACACAAGGAACGGACAGCGCGGGGGACCAGGAUGGCUGUGGGGGGGUUGCAGUGACAACGUUGGGUUUGGUGAAGCCAUCUCCAAGCAGCUGGUUGACGCCCUGGAGACAGGUCAGGACGCACGGGCUGCAAUGAACCUCCACAACAAUGAGGCUGGACGGAAGGCUGUGAAAGGGACCAUGCAGCGGACUUGUAAGUGUCAUGGUGUCUCUGGGGCCUGCACGACACAGACCUGUUGGCUUCAGCUACCAGAGUUCAGAGAGGUGGGAAACUACCUGAAGGAGAAGUACCACCGGGCCCUGAAGGUGGAUCUUCUCCGGGGGGCCGGCAACAGUGCAGCCAGUCGAGGGGCUAUUGCAGAGACGUUCAGCUCCAUCUCUCGUAAAGAACUGGUCCAUCUGGAGGACUCCCCAGACUACUGCCUGGAGAACCGUACACUCGGUCUGCCCGGCACGGAGGGAAGAGAGUGCCUGAAGAAGGGCAAGAGCCUAAACAAAUGGGAGAAGCGGAGCUGCAAGAGACUGUGUAUGGAGUGCGGUUUAGCGGUGGAGGAGAGGAAGGCAGAGUUGGUGUCGAGUUGCAACUGUAAGUUCCACUGGUGUUGUGCAGUGAAGUGUGAGCAGUGUCGCAAGACGGUGACCAAGUACUUCUGUGUCAAGAAAGGGGGGCAGAGAGGGAAGUAUGAGAAUGCCGGGAGCCGAAAGAAGAACCUGAGGCUGAGGAAGAAGCACUGAGUGGCGUCCAUCUUCAUCCUCGCCACGGCCAAGCUGAUCUUUAUAGACUUUCCGUGUCUGAAAUUGUGUUGCCUCAAAAUGUCCCCUUUUCAAAUGCUUUCUGCCUGUGUCCUAAAGACAUCAUUAGACAUUAUUUAACAAUCAAAUGUUUAACAGUGGGAAAAUGUGUGUAAAGAAACAUGUUGAUAAAUCUAAGAUAGUGAAAAACGAGAGGGAAUCUAUUAGUUGUGUAGAACUGAUGGUAUACAUUUUAUACAUAUAUUUAAAAGUAUAUUUUUGUACUUUUUUUCCAAUUAUAUUAUUUUCAGUCAUAUUGGGCAUUUCAAGCAAGUUACAGAUGUCCAUUCUGAGUAAUCUCCUUCAAACCUGAUUGCUUAAACAACUCUCCCUGAAUGGUCAGUCAAUGGCACAACUUAACAACAUCUUAUUUAUUGUGAAAAGUACCACAAAAGAGCUACGGCUUCUCUAACUGGUCAGUUUAUCGAACAUUCCACCUGUCAUGAUGACAACUCCCGCACUCUAUAAUUGUGACAGCGCUGAGAUCGAGCAGCCCGCUUGUUUGGUCAAGCGUGCAUUAUAACAAAUAUUCAAAUUAUAGGUUUGAAAAAAGGGGGUCAUUCCCCUAUCCUCGCCUCCCCAACACUUCCCUGUCCAGCCAUGCCUUGCCCAUGUAUUUAAUUGUAAAUAAAAUGAAGCACUUUGUUCAGUAUAUUGUUAAUUUAUUGCACAGGUUUUCCCCAAAUUUUUUGCUUUAUUCAUA